ACCAUUUACGUCCUCUUCUUUCUUUCUACACAUUUUUGUUUCUAUCUUUUGCGCUACAAAAUUGCAAAUUUGAUCUCAUUUCAACACCAAAUUAAACGUACUCACUAUUAAUUAGCUAGCAAUCUGUUUUGAUCACACACACAAAAUAAAGUAUGAGUAGCGGUGGUGUGAAAAAGAGGACACGAGUAGGCAAGUACGAAAUUGGCAAGACUUUAGGUGAAGGCAGCUUUGCCAAAGUUAAGUUUGCUAGAAAUCUUGUCACCAAUGAACCCGUCGCGAUUAAGAUUAUCGAUCGUGAUCGUAUUCUUAAACAUAAGAUGGUUGAACAAAUGAAAAGAGAGAUCUCAACUAUGAAGUUAAUCAAACAUCCAAAUGUUCUAAAUCUAUUUGAGGUUAUGGCCAGCAAAACAAAGAUCUAUAUCGUUCUCGAGUAUGUUGAUGGAGGCGAGCUUUUCGAUCAAAUUGCUAAACAUGGAAGACUUCAAGAAGAUGAAGCAAGGAGAUACUUUCAGCAACUCAUUAAUGCUGUAGAUUAUUGUCAUAGUAGAGGAGUGUAUCAUAGAGAUCUUAAGCCUGAAAAUCUGCUCUUGGACUCGUAUGGCGCUUUAAAAGUCUCAGACUUCGGGUUGUCUCAGCAAGUGGAAGACGGGAUGUUACAUACAGCGUGUGGGACACCAAACUAUGUUGCUCCUGAGGUACUUACCGUAAAAGGUUAUAAUGGUGCAGCCUCUGAUAUAUGGUCUUGUGGAGUGAUCCUUUUCGUCCUCAUGGCAGGAUACUUGCCAUUUGAUGAGGCAAACCUCAUGGGCUUGUAUAAGAAAAUUGAAAAGGCAGAUUAUAGAUCCCCUCCAUGGUUUUCAUCUGGUGCAAAGAAACUAUUAUCAAGAAUCCUUGAUCCAAACCCCCGCACUAGAAUAACCAUUCCUGAAAUCUUGCAAAAUGAAUGGUUCAUGAAAGGGUAUAAACCGCCACAUUUUGAGCAGGACGACGAUGUGAACCUUGAUGAUGUAGAUGCCGUCUUCAAUGAAUCCAAGGAACAUCUUGUUACAGAAAAGAAAGAAAAACCUGAAUCCAUGAACGCCUUUGAGCUUAUAUCUCGGUCACAUAGUUUUAGUCUGGAAAAUAUGUUUGAGAAGCAGAAGGGUUUUGUAAAGAGAGAAACAAGCUUUGCUUCCAAAUGUCCUGCGAACGAGAUCAUGUCUAAGAUUGAAGAAACUGCGAAACCCAUGGGUUUCAACGUUCACAAACGCAACUAUAAGAUGAAGUUACAAGGUGAUAAAACAGGAAGAAAGGGCCACCUUGCUGUCGCUACAGAGGUUUUUGAAGUGGCUCCCUCACUGCACAUGGUGGAGCUCAGAAAAACCGGAGGAGACACUCUGGAAUUUCACAACUUCUACAAGAGUUUCUCCUCGGGGUUAAAAGACAUAGUCUGGAGUACCGAAUCAAACACAGAUGAUAACGGUUCAAGAAGGAAAGGGUGAUACUUGCAACUUUUGGCCACAAGAAGGAAGAUGUUGGCAAUGUUGACAUAAUUUGGGAGACGCCUACAACCACAUUUUGUUAUAUAUGGUGUAUAAUGGUUAUAGGAGUUGCAUUCUUUUUUGUGUGUUGUAACUUUGUUAUGCACCAUGGAAUGAAACAAGUUUCAAUGAGCGUCAAUUGGGCCAUGACUAAA